CCCUGAGGAUUAGUGAGUUUCCGAAUGCGAUUUCAAGCAUUGGAGAUAAGCCUUUGUGACAGAGGUGAGCGAGUGCAGUCGCUCUGCUACGUCACAAUAUAUAUAUAUAUAUAUAUAUAUAUAUAUAUAUUUAUUCCGCAACAAACAUCCAGUAACAUCAAGAUAAGAUCACACGGACUUAAGAGAAAGAAAAAUUAUCAUAAUUCAAAACGUGCACAAAAAAGACAUUUAUAACAGAACAAAAUUUGAAGUAUAUUGAAAUAUAUCUACUUGAACCAUUUUACAUCACAAAACAUGAUAAUAACAAUAACAUUAUUGUUAGUAACAUUAUUGUUAUUCUUGAUUGCUUUCAUAAUACUGUAUGAUUACUAUGUGCAUCAUAACCGAAAUGGACAACUAAUCGAUCUUAUACCAGGUCUACCAAGUGUUCCAAUUUUCGGUUCAGCACUUCUAUUCCAAUGUUCACAAGAAGAUGUAUGGCAUGUUCUGCGUUAUUUUACCGAUAAAAUAUAUCCUGUUACAAAAGUCUGGAUAGGUCCUGUAGUUGCUGUAAUCAUUCGUCAUCCAGAUGAUUUGGAAAAAGUCUUAAGCAGUACAAAACAUAACGAAAAAAGUAGGAUAUACGAUGUAUUACGUCCAUGGCUUAAUGACGGUCUUCUUCUCAGCAAAG